AUGUCGAACCCUGCUACAGCCCGCGAAUCUCGCAUCAUCGGCGCCCUGCUCGGACUCCACGCCGGUGACUCACUGGGCGCUGCUGUCGAAUUCAAGUCGCACGACCAGAUUCGCCGCGUCUAUCCGGACGGAUUGCGCGAGAUAGUUGGCGGUGGUAUCUUCUCCUGGACGCCCGGCCAUGCAACCGACGACACAGACAUGACCCGGGGCGUGCUCCUGGCCUACCGCGAUGCCUGGCACGACCUCCAUCGCCGCCGAUCCGCGACGGACCAGCAUGUCCCGCCCUUCUCCAAGCAGGACAUCACCUCGCGCGCCGGGAACUACUUCGUCGCCUGGUGGAAGGGGACGCACUGGCCCGGGCGCCAGCCCAACUCGCGUCCCAAGGACAUCGGCUACGCAACCAAUGUUGGGAUCCAGGCCUUCCGCAGAAACCCUCGAAAGCCGAGCGGCGCUGGCCAUGGCUCCGCGGGCAACGGAUCCCUGAUGCGGUGCUUGCCCACCGCGCUCUUCCAGCCGGAUCUUGCCAGUGUCUUGUCCAACAGCAUGUCUAUCAGCACCAUCACGCACACGGAUCCCCGGUGUACCAUCGCCUGUGCUGCGUACAACGCCUGUGCAGCGGCUCUCAUUGAUGGCGCCGAUCCAGACUACGCCGUCCGCGUGGGCGAGGCGGCGGCGAUCCAAUUGGAGGAGGCCGAGGGGCCUGUCACUGCGGCCAUUCGGGCUGGGCGCAGGUUUGAUCUGGCCCGCGCAGCCCGGGAUGGGCCGCCUGAGGAGUUCCUCCCAAACCUGGCGUCAGGGUACGUCCUCGAGACCUUGCUGAUCGCCAUUUCUGCCGUGCUGGACCCUCGCAGUCUAGAAGAGGUGCUCGUGGAUGUUGUGCGGAUCGGCAAGGACACGGACACGAAUGGUGCCGUGGCCGGCGGUUUGCUAGGCGCGCGGCAUGGAGAAGACGCCAUCCCGAGCAGGUGGAAGGAUGUAUUGCAGUUUGGCCAAGAGUUCCGCGAGGUCGCUCUGGAGAUACUGAGGCUAAUGGAGCCGGAAACUUGA